CGCCUUCGCCCUCGCCUUCGCCUUCGCCUUCGCAGCGUGUAACCACCUUUCUACUCGGCACGACCUUUUUUACGCCCUUAAAACUACUAGACUUACCGUCCAGUUUCUCUCUUGUUCGGAGCCAUGAAAUGGAAUCCCGAUCAUUCUACUACCACUUUGCAGCCAAGGAAUGUAGGCGACGAAAGUACGGAUCAGAAUAAUAAUAUAACUAUGACGAGCGAGGAUUUACUGCAGCCUGGCCAUGUGGUCAAAGAACGCUGGAGAGUCUUUAAAAAGAUAGGAGGCGGCGGAUUCGGCGAGAUCUACGAAGGCCUAGAUUUGAUAACCAGGGAGCAGAUAGCCUUAAAAGUUGAAUCGGCUCGUCAACCCAAGCAAGUUCUGAAAAUGGAGGUAGCGGUGUUGAAGAAACUUCAAGGUCAAGAACACGUAUGCAGGUUCAUUGGUUGUGGUCGUAACGAUAGAUUCAAUUACGUGGUAAUGCAGUUACAAGGAAAGAAUUUGGCAGAGUUGCGUCGUGCCCAGCCACGAGGCUCCUUCACGUUAUCUACUACUCUGCGUUUAGGACUGCAAAUUCUCAAAGCGAUAGAAAGCAUACACUCUGUUGGCUUUCUUCAUAGAGACAUUAAACCGUCAAAUUUUUCGAUGGGACGACUUCCCCGUGAUUCGAGGUUGGUUUACAUGUUGGACUUUGGUUUAGCUCGUCAAUUUACCACCGGUACCGGUGAAGUUAGACCACCUCGUAGCGCGGCGGGAUUCAGAGGAACCGUCCGGUACGCAUCCGUGAAUGCGCACAAAAAUAAAGAAAUGGGCAGACACGAUGAUUUGUGGUCAUUGUUUUAUAUGCUAGUAGAGUUUGUUAAUGGACAACUUCCAUGGAGAAAAAUUAAGGAUAAAGAACAGGUUGGUCUGAUGAAAGAAAAGUACGAUCAUCGAUUACUUCUGAGGUAUCUACCACCCGAGAUCCGAGUCUUUUUAGAGCAUAUUCAGAGUUUGGAAUACGCGGACAAACCAAAUUACCCGAUGUUGGCCGGUUUGUUCGAGCGUUGUAUGAAACGUAGAGGAAUUAAAAUGAACGAUCCUUACGAUUGGGAGAAGCCAUCGAGAUCCAACGAAAGUUUACCUACUACCAAAUCUCUUCCUACCGUUACCGUACCUCCGGUUUUGACCACGGCGACUACUAUUAAUCAGCCACCGACCACGCCAAACGUUGACACGAACAAUCAAGAAAACGUCGAACCCGACAACAGAAAGGAAUUAGAUGCACAAAUGGAUUACGAAAGCAUAUGUAGAAGAAAUAAACAACGCGGAGUCGAAGGUUCGUCCGUACCAUUUACAUCGGCUAUUAGCAAUCAUGGCCGUGAUAAGAACUGUAACGCUACGAUACCUACGAUGGACAAUAUUCAUCAGCAAACCGGACAACAAACUCAAGAUUCGCCGAAGAAGAGACGCGCAGUUUCGAUGGCUGCGGAACCUCAGACGGGCACGGUCACCGUAGAAAAACGAGUAGACAACGAAGGAGACGCGUUAAUGGCAUCCGCUCGUUCCGCUUCGGACGUUCCUCGUAACAAACUUGGAGCGAACGCCGCCGCGCCGCUUCGAAAGUCUGCUAGCGGUGCAACAUUCGCUCGACUGCGCGUCCCUCCACCCAGCGAAACGCCACCCGGCGAACCACCCAGCCCUCGAGUACAAACCGAUGUCGAUGCUUCUUACUGUUCCUACGACGUUACUAAUCCAAAAUACGUCGGCAACCAGAGUCCCGUUACCGAACAGAGGGAACCGCUAAAGAGAGAAACGCGAAGAAGAACGGAUGGAAGGCAACAGACUAGAGCUAGUCGUUCCGCGAUGCGAGACUGUUCCAUCACUCAGUUUGCGCAAAUAGACGACGAUAACGUAUCCGCGUUGCAACAAGUAACCAAAGGUGGCGGUGCCCUAACCUUGGCCUCUCAAUGGAAAUCGCAGUUCGACGAUUCCGAAGAGACCGACAACGAAUGGAAAGGAGAAAACUUGCAGAGUCCUGAACACAAAGGAACCACUAAUAUGCCGCUUAUAACUCCUCAGUCGGCAGUUGUCAGUGAUGCUGUGACUACCGCAACUUCAGUGCCUGCGUCUAUCGAUGCGAAAACAACGGUGGUUCAAACGACUACGCCAAUCGCGUCUCAUCAGCAUUCGAUAAUACCGACUGCUCUCUCUCGCAUAAGCGAAGACUCUCCGAAACCCACGACUCCUCACAGAUGUUUAAACAUCGCUGGUAUCGAAAAAUAUCCAGAUCUUCAAGGAGCACUACCACGCGCUUGGAGCGUUCCAGCUUUGGCGCCACACGUGCGCGCUUAUCUCGAAGCCCCGUUGGUUCAACAAGCAGCGUUCGACGAUUUGUUCUACGAAAUCGACGUGAUGAGAAAUAUCGCGACGCGCUACGACGAACCAAGGCAGAGUCCUCCACCGCGAAGAGCGAGCGUACCAGCGGUCGCUUUUUCACCGCCUAACACGAUACCGAGCACGCCCGGAGCCGAAGAGGAAGAGGAAGCGGUAGCUGGAAGAUUAGAGAUCAGGGUAGUGGACGCGACUGGCGGUGCAACCGUUGUCCAAACCACCGCGGACAAAGAACCGUUACAAAAAAAAAUGGCAAAUGGUACCGGGGAUGGCCCAGCUAGCCCUAAUCCAGGCUUCGAAGAACCGUCGGUGUACGACGAUGCCGUUGAGAAUCGGGCACCCAUCGAUGCUGCCGCGCAUAAGGAGAACAGUACAGUCACUUGCUCGACCGCUGUACCGAACACGGUACCGCUUCGUGAAAAUAAGGACAAUAAAGAAAAGGAGGCUCCUUCUAGGACUCACAAUACUAUCAGUAAAAUUCCGAUUCCGGUUAAAAGUCCCCGAUGUUCGUUGUCAGAAUCGACUUUAGAAACGAACACUCAGAAUACCAGGAGUGCCGUGGGAACCGAAGUAGAAAAGUCGUCCACACCCGCGGCUAUAACCAGGGAAAAAGAUGCUACUAGCAAAGGCAAACCCUUGACAGUGGAGGCGUUGGCAUUGCGACGCUGCGUGACAUUGCCCGACGCACGACCGACCUUUUCACCGUUAACGUCGGCUAAUUCAACGGAAGAGGAAAAUUUAACUGGCUGCACCCCCGCGUUGCGUCGACGAAGGCAGAGCGAGAAAUACGUAACGGACGCCAGUCAGCUGAAUCUGCGGUUCCAGAGACCGCAACGCAGGGUCAGGCCGAAUUCCGAAGUAUUGUCCGGAUUUUCACCGAGAGGCGUGCCCUCGCAUCUCCUGGGAGAAGCGGCUAAGCGAACCGAAGAGAGUAGCGAUAACGAUUCGGACAGUAGCGGUCCGACGAAUGCUCAACCUCCACCACCUCCUACGUCUCUGCCACCUCACGUAGCAGAAAACAAUGCCAGAUGCCGCAGAUUUCGACCUAUACCGGACGCGACGAUAAUCAGCAAAGAAUCGUGAGAUGUCCGAAGAGAAUCCAGAGAUGCGAGAAAUGGCAGCACGCAUAUGUCGAGAUUACCUUCACGGAGUCUGGAAGCA